GCUCGUAUCUGCUGCAAACAUAGCGUGACAUACAAAGGCUAAAAGGUCAGGGCGAGGGCCAGUGGGCUCUCCACAUCAUUAAAUUUGGCCCGAUAUAGCCGACCAAGAGGCAUGACCAUUGAAUCUAAAUUUCGAGGCGUACAAUGGUACCAUUCUGUAUUUUCUACAGUAAAAGUUGCUCAUAGCUUUACAGGACUACCAUUCGCUUCUACUCCAGACCACUACUGCAGACGACCGAGUUAUGUCCUGGUUCAACCAGACUAUCGACGACGUCACAAAACGGCGCAUUUCUACGCUCUACUGCGACGAGAGCAUGAGAUGCUUUCACGAGAUAUGGAAGCACGAGGAAAUGGCUUCGAUUCUUUUCGCGCUCGAUACAAUCAUCCGACUUCUGAAGUCGAAAACGUCUAUAUUAACGACAUCAUGUUCCGGUCCGUCUGCAUGAAGACCCAUCAACAUCGACUCCACGAGCCGCAACUCCAAUCGUCUGAUUGACAUCAGCUACUACUAUCCAAACAAAUUCAAAACCAACUCUCUUACCUUUUGCAGUGUCCUGACCAAAGGUACUGCAUUGACCACCACAUCAAUUAUCCCAAAUGCUUGACAGUUGGCACAAGCCAAGCGAUAAGGUUGUUCGCAACCUCGCUAAAGUCUUUUAUCUGUCCGAGGCCUGCUUUGCAGCGAUCGUGCUCGGUAUCGUGAGCUGGUUCCUCUCACACUAUGAGGACACCCCAGUAUAUCCAGCCGCCCGGCUUAUCUGGACCGAGAUCAUUGCGGCAUUGGCCAUUCUGUACUGUGCCACCCUUGUCUUUACCUUCGACUACUACCCGGCAUGUUUCGCCAUGAUCAACAUGUUCUUCGCAUUGGCCUUCUUCGCCUCCUUUGGUGCCGUGGAGAACUUUGACUGUGACGACAACUGGAUGGGAUGGCGGAGCGAAUAUGGCGAACCAUACCGUCCAUGCUGGAGGGCAACGGCCGCCUUUACCUUUUUGAGUGGCUUCUUCUGGCUCGUCAGCGUCCUGCUUGCUUACUGGACUCCGAUCAACAAGGAGCCUCAUCACAUCCUACCCCGGAAACCUAGUCAUGGAUCCAGCACCAUCGCCAGUGAACAGGUGUAAAAGCCUGCAACCUGGAGACGGAUCCACACCCAUUGAAGCAGAAUAGGAGCGAGGCACACAAAGUAUGCCUUUCUUCUUCUCGGUGGAUGAUGGUCCGAACAAACGAGUGUGAAAAGUACGAGUUUUAUGUGUUUUAUGUCCUGGAAUGACAACGACGAGUGUAUUAUCAUUUGGUUAAUCGCCAUGAUUACUGUCUGUCUAUCUGUCUGUCAUGUCAGAAAUGUGCGGGUUCACAACAACAAGGGCGACGACAGCUGAGGAGGAACAGGAACAGAAGAACCAAGCUUAUAAGCUGGUAGUCAAUUAAUGUAAUGUAAUGUCUAAUACGUCUCGGCUGAUUACAGUGUCUGUCACUUCAAGAAUAACAAGCAGGUGAAGGGCACUGCAGUGUUGUGCUGUUCGAGUUUCUGUCCUUGGUCUGGUCAUUACUGCACCAGCCACCACCCUUCAGCUGCCUGCACUGCCACCAUUGGCACAUGUAAUCAAAGCUUAAGCUUCAAGCUAUACAAUUGUAGACAGCUUUACAAGCCACUAGUCCG